UAACGGGCACCUGCUGUUUGUAAUGAUAUAAGCGACACACGCAGGGGUGGCAACUGGGCUGACACAUAGACUUAUUGAUACACCGGAAAGAAAUGGGGGAUACUUUGUUUUUCAACGGCCAUCAGGCGAAAGCUCCCUACCAUGUCAACUAUCCGCCCACCGUGCCGAGGUACCCGAGCUCACAGGAGAUGUUCAGGAGAGAUAGUCCAGAUAAAUACACAACGCUAAAAAGAGAGAGAGUUUCUUACCAGCAUUGGACCGACAAAUGGUACGACAACGGCUACCCGACACUCCAACGCCGGGAGCUUCCCAAACGCUCGGAUAGGCACGAGCCGUGCAGUCAGCCCUGGCAGUACAAUGUGGGUACGUCGGCUGUCAGUCGGUGGACCAAGGACGCCAAGGAUUGGCCAGUGUCGCCAAAAUACCUUACCCAGGGCAGACCCCCCACCGAGGCCACGCGCGCACGUGGUAUCAACCGUCUGUCACUUCCACGUGAAGAAAAUCUAUACCCGUUCUCCAACUUCAUGACGUCGCAAUAUAGAAAGCCAGUGUAUUCUGUAUUUGGACAUUUACAGAGAGACAAGGUGUACGGUGUUACUCACCAACACAACAGGCACGGCAACAUGCCGUUUGAGGAUUACUACUAAACAGUCUAGCUAUACAGGAUUGUAUGGUAGUAUCCAGUCAACCAACGUUUAGACAGAGCUGUUUCAGCCAACGAACAGUGUAGACAGAUACCUAUAUAUAAUAAAUAGUUCUAGUACAUACGUCUCUGAUAUGGAUACAAUUUUACCAGAUUUAAAUCAACGUUUUUGAAAAAUUCGCAAAAUUCCAAAUUCCAUAAACUUUUUUUAACGUUAUGGUUAUACGUUGGGGAUAGCAGUGUGACAUUUUUAAAGACAAAUUCUCAUUCCUAUAAACCUGAUAGCUGUUGUCGCUUUAUCUAAACUUUAAAUACUUUUGAUUCAGGUAUGUGAUCUACUGAUUUACCCGAUCUAAGUCUCACACUUACUUUUUGACCUCUUGACCUCCUAAAUGCAGACUCUUUCAGUUAUAUAUAUUUCGGUUACGAAAGCUGAAAAGUAGUGAUUCCAUAUAUUGUUCAUUAUAUGAUACAGAGACUUAUAAACCUUUCAGUUGUGAUACAGUAUUAGGUCACAUCCGGGUUAUUAGACUUGGACAUUAAUCUUGCCCUUAACUUUAAUGGGAUCAUUUUAUAGUCAUUUUAUGAUAAACAAGCUAAAUGUGCUUCUCGCCAUAGUAUAAAGAAACCUCAGAAUGAUAUGAACAUUCAUGAGAAUGAUACUAUAGUUGUCGUCGGUGUACUUCUUCAAAAUAUUGAUAAACUUAUUUCCAGUUGUGGUUGAAAGCCAAAGGGUUUCGGGGCGUUUAUGUGUUUGGAAUACGGGCGUUUGUGAAAAUAUGUCAUACAAUUGGUGUUUUUGAUUGUGUCAGUAGUUGUCCCUAACCUACUUAAAUAUAUCUUCAUUCCUGUUGGGUUAUUGUAUAUCAAAGUACUGCUUGUGAACUUUCUGUUGUCUAUCUACUCAUGUCGUGUGUUUAAAGUAGUGUUAUUCUUACCUAACAACCGAAUAGUACUAAAAACGUAAGUCAUUGGAGAAGAUCCACCUAACAUCUGAUGGAUGUUAUUGGGAAAAAUCCACCU